AUGGACGGCUCUCGGGGAGCCACGGGCGCCGUGGACGUGGGGGUGUCGCACCUCAAUAUGAACAUCAACGUGAUCGGAGGCGGUCACGGCCUGGGCAGCGGCCUGAGCGCUGGCGACAAGAGCGCCGCGGGCGACUCGACGGUUUCUUCCUCUCCACCGGUGGCUGCCGCGGCGUUCGGCAGCAGCACGGCCAUGGCGACAUCGUCCUCCAAUGGCGGCCUUCCCAGCGGCCGCUCGCGAUCCCCCGGCUUCGACGUCGACAAGCCUACUACCUCCUCUUCUCCCCCCGGAGAAACCGCUGCUAGCAGCGCUGCAGCAGCAGCGUUUCUCGCUGGCGCAACCGUCGUGACGGGCAGCGCUCCGGGGGCGGAAGGUGCCAGGGGUGGAGGAGGGGGGUGGCUAGGUGCCGGCGAUGGCUUUGCUGGUAGUGCGGCGGCGGGGGCAGACAGCGGCGGCAGCAGCAGCAACAACGUGGACCAUGCGUUCGCGGGUGCCAUGUUGCAGAGGUCGACGUCCGCUCCUCCUGUGUCCGACCACAGCUGA